CAGUAUAUCCAAUUAAUUCAAUGUAAACAUUCACAAUCUGUUUACGAAUUAAAGUAAAAACGAAGUACAUGCAAAUAUUUUUCGUGGCAGUGUCAUAGGUGAAAUAAACAGGAUUGUGCUUCAUCACCAGAUACUGAAAUUAUGGGUGGAGCAGUUAGUGCUGGUGAAGACAAUGAAGAACUAGUUGAUAAUCUUGUUGAAGAGGAAUACUUAAAAACUCCACUUAUUGAAAGAGUUUUUCGUGCUGUUGAUCGUGGAGACUACUACUUGGAUGGAUGUAAAGAAAAUGCAUAUCGAGACUUGGCGUGGAAACAUGGAAAUCUUCAUAUAUCUGCUCCAUGCAUAUAUUCCAAAGUGAUGGAAGCUUUGAAAGUAGAUAGAGGAAUGUCCUUCUUGAAUUUAGGAAGUGGGACAGGCUACUUGAGUACACUCGUGGGUUUACUUCUUGGUCCCUAUGGUGUUAACCAUGGAAUUGAAAUUCAUGAGGAUGUUCUAGAGUAUUCCAGAAAGAAACUUCAGAAAUUUAAGCAGAAUUCUCUGGCCUUAGAUGAGUUUGAACUGUGUGAACCACACUUUGUGUUAGGUAACUGUUUGCAACUGUCUGCUGAUGUGUAUAAAUACGACAGAGUGUACUGUGGAGCUUCCUGUCCAACAGAGUAUGAAGGUCACACCAAAAAUCUUCUUAAAGUUGGUGGUAUUCUAGUAAUGCCCUUGAAUGACCAGCUAGUCCAGAUAAGAAGAGUGAGCCAUAACAGAUGGGAGACAGUAAGACUUUUACCAGUCUCGUUUGCUUCUUUGAUUAUUCCAUCCACAGAAGAGUUGACUACUUCAAUUAACACACGUAAGUUUAAUGUAUAA